AUGAAAAAUUAUAAGAAAAAUCCCCGGGUGGCAAUCCACACCUCAUUUAGAGGGAGCCCCAACGGAUACGGGGGGGGCAGUUCUGCUGAAGAUUUUCAAGUACAAGCUGUAAACAGCAACCGGGACAGAAAGAGGAAAGGGAGGAAGAUCAAGGAAAGGAAAUUAAGACUCGCCACAUGGAAUAUCCAAGGAUGGAGAACCAAGCGAGAAGAAGUGUUGGAGGAAUUCAAGAACAUGAACGUGGAUAUAUUGGUUGUAACCGAGACAAAGAAAAGGGAAACGAACAUCAAGACGUGGGAACCAGUAAACGAAAGGGUGAUAAGAGUGGAGAUAGCGAUAUACGGUAGGGACGUAAUUAUAAUAGGCGCAUACGGACCAAACGAUGACAGCCCCGUUACAGAGAAAGAAAAGUUUUUGGACACGAUACAGAACGAAAUUGCUAACAUACGGAAAAAAGAACUCAUUAUAGCAGGCGACUUGAAUGGGAGAGUAGGCAGAAAAGAAAAUGAUAGCGUAAUAGGAAGAUUUGGAGAAGAAAUAACCAACGAUAACGGUGAAAGAGUCAUAGAAAUAUGCGAACUAAACGACCUCAAAGUAACAAAUGGGUUCUUCAGACAUAAGGAUAUCCACAGAUACACCUGGACACAAGAAACGAGAGAACUCAAAUCUAUAAUAGAUUACAUUAUCAUACGAAGAAGAUCUACAAUUAAAAUAAGGGACGUCCGAGUACAGCGAGGGGCAGAAUGCGGAAGCGACCACAGAUUAUUACUAGCUAAAAUGGAAUUCCCUUGGAUGAAUAGAAAAACGAACAACAUUGAAGGAACACCGAUAGAAAUACAAAAAAGAAAACCACUAAAAAUACAAUUAUUACAGGAUGAAUCCACACGACAUCUAUACCAAACAAGACUUGACCAGAAACUCAUAGAAUUUAGAUACGAUGAUAACAUGGAAGACACAUACCAGCACAUCAAAGAAAGUAUGCUACAGGCAGGGAUGGAAGCCCUCGGAGAAGUAGAAGGAAAACAACGACCUUUCGAAUACAAUCUUAGUGAAACGACGAUUAACGAAAUUAAAUGUAAAAAACAACUGUACAAUAAAUGGCUGAGUACCAGGAAUGAAGAUGACUACAAAAAAUAUAGAGAAAAAAACAGAGACGUUAAAGGGAUGGUAAACAGAGAGAAAAACGAAAAUUGGGAAAAAACCUGCCAGAACUUGGACCAAUAUAUCGGUGGAGCUAGAAGAUCAGAAGCAUGGAGAGUGAUUAAGGAAUUGAGAUCCGAUAGGAAAGAAAGAUCAUACAUAUCAUACAUUGAACCUGAGAAGUGGAAAGAUCACUACAAAGAUUUACUCACGGAAACAAGACAAAAGUUUAUAGAGGAAAGACAAGAAGAAGAGGGACAACCUAGAGCACAACAUAUACCUAUAACAAUAGAAGAUAUACGAAAGGCAAUUAAAACAAUAAAAAACAAAAAAGCAGGAGGACCAGGGGACAUCGCACCAGAGCUCAUAAAAUGCGGCACAGAAAAAUUAUUCAGAAUCAUACAUGGAAUGUUUGGGAAAGCAAUAAAUGGACAUAACAUACCAGACGAAUGGAAGGAAGCACAGCUAACAUCGAUUUUCAAAAAAGGAGAUAGAAGACAGUGCGAUAACUAUCGAGGGAUCAGUGUCAUAGCAACCAUGGGGAGGCUAUAUGGUAGAGUACUGAGAGACAAAUUAGAACAGAACAUACAAGGAAAAAUCGGAGAAGAACAAGCAGGUUUUACAGCAGGGAGAUCAUGCAUAGAUCAUAUUUACACGAUCCAACAAUUAUUGGAGAAAAAAAAAGCAAAGAACAAACCAGUACACUUAGCAUUCAUCGAUUUAAAGAAGGCCUAUGACACUGUACCCAGGAAAGAACUAUGGAAAGCGAUGGAAAGACUGGACAUACCGAUAACACUCACAAAUGCAAUGAAGACUUUAUAUAGGAACAACAAAAUACACAUAAAAGUAGGGAACAAGAUAGUAAACAGCUUAACAACAUCGAAGGGGCUGCUCCAGGGAUGUCCAACAUCGCCAACAUUAUUUAAAAUAUUUCUGGAACAUGCACUGACAACCUGGAAACGCAAAUGUGAAGGUAUGGGAAUCCCUCUAAGAAAUGAACAUCUUUACACGCUCUGCUUUGCAGAUGACCAGGUGGUGAUGGCCCAGGAUGAGGAAGAUCUAAGUUAUAUGCUCAGGAAGCUAAAUGAAGAGUAUGAAAAAGUAGGACUAGAAAUAAACCUGAAGAAAACCAUGUACAUGACAACAGAGGAAGAUACAGCUGAUUUACAAAUAGAAGACCACCUGGAAAUAAAGGGAACCAAUAACUUUAAAUACCUGGGAUUUACACUAUCGAAAAACGCAACUACGGAAGAAGAUAUAAAUGUCAGACUUGGACAGACAAGAUCCUGUAUACAACAACUGCACUCCGUUAUCUGGGAUAGAAAUAUCAGGAAAAAGACUAAAACAUUGAUAUAUGAAACAAUUAUUCAGAGUAUCAUGACAUAUGCAGCAGAAGUAUGGGUCAUAAACAAAAACAACCAAAGAAAAAUUCUGGCCACCGAAAUGAUGUAUUGGAGAAGAUGCUGUGGACUAACCAGAAGAGACCGAGUCACGAAUGAGGAAAUAAGAAGAAGAAUGGGGAGAAAGACCGACGUCUUAAAGUACAUAGAAACGAAAAGAUUGGUAUGGUACGGUCAUGUUAGAAGGGCGGAAAAUGGAUGGAUUAACAGAGUGACAGAGUGGAGCCCGAUUGGAAGAAGAAAGCGAGGGCGGCCAAGAAGAUCAUGGCGAGAUGAAGUGGACGAGUCUAUGCAUCGGAGAGGACUACGAGAGGGAACAUGGGAUGAUCGAGACGAAUGGAGGACCCGGUUGAUGGAAGGAAGGCAGCCAGAGCUGUAG